GGAGCUAUGCUAGAGGGAGAGAGAGGUGUCCAGCCCCUGGGUGGGAUCUGAAUAAUGAUUGAUGGUCACCUCCAGAGAGUUUCCCAGACCAGCCCACCAGCUCCACCGGACCCUAGGAAUACCGAGACACGGGAUCCCACUCCCAGCAGCAACACGUCCCGGACCCUCACAACUACAGGCUCCCCACGAGUCAUCUUCUCGCUAUGAUCUCACACGGAGACGGAUAAAAGCCAUUCCCGCUGCCGUUGCAUAAACCGGGACGCUAUGAUCGUCGGGACUAUCAUCUGCUUCCACUAAACAGAAACUUUUCCAACGGACUCGACACGGGAGAGUAGAGGCAAAUGGGAACAUACGUCCGACGACUUCUCGGGCACGGUUUAUUUCUUCCAACAUGGGCACCGCUCCGCUGACAAGUUGAAGACCGCCGCUGUUAAAUGCUUGAGUUACCUCAUCUCAGGCCAGCGCCCUUAGAGCAAGGCAUCGCCGCUGCACCGCCUCUCUAAAGCCAACUCCCCCCCCCCCCCCCCUCUCCCACCAAGAAGACUCCACCCGGACCCAGCCGAGCCUUUCCCCCCGUCGAUUCUUCAUCUCUUUUUGUCGCCGCCAUGGCGUCCAGUCUCACCUGCACAGGUGCGAUCUGGGCCCUGCUGUCCAUGCUGUGCGCGGGGGCCUCCUGCGUGGGCUUCUUCAUGCCCUACUGGCUGCUGGGCACGCAGAUGGACAAGCCCGUGUCCUUCGGCACCUUCCGCCGCUGCUCGUACCCGGUGCGCGACGAGGAGCGGCAGGCCACCGUCAUGCUGGAGCAGUGCGGUCGCUACGCCUCCUUCCAGGGCAUCCCCAGCCUGGAGUGGAGGAUCUGCACGGUGGUGACGGGCGUGGGCUGCGGCCUGCUGCUCCUGGUGGCGCUCACAGCCCUGAUGGGAUGCUGUGUGUCCGACCUCAUCUCCCGCACCAUCGGACGCGUGGCCGGCGGGAUACAGUUCGUAGGCGGGCUGCUGAUCGGCUCGGGUUGUGCCCUCUACCCCCUGGGCUGGGACAGCGAGGAGGUUCGACAGACCUGCAACAACAGCUCGGACCAGUUCCAACUGGGGUCGUGUCACAUCGGCUGGGCGUACUACUGCACCGGGGCUGGGGCGGCCGUGGCCAUGCUGCUCUGCACCUGGCUGGCCUGCUUCGCCGGGAAGAAGCAGAAGCAGUACCCGUACUAGAGAGGCGGUCCCGGGUCCAGAACGACGGACCCAAACGCUUCCGGAUUGGAGAGAGAGAGAGAGAGAGAGAGCGAGAGAGAGAGAGAGCGAGAGAGAUCUCGGCUUCCUAGGAGCCCGUAACAGAACCGUAUAGCACAGCGAGGCCCCCCCCCCCGCAGCACAGAACCCACCGGAACCCCAGGCGCCAUGGCAACACCGUUACCCCUGGCAACAGCCGGGACAACCCCUGGAUAAGGUUCCCUUGACAACCCUGGAACUCUUUCACAGUGUAGCCCAAGUUAACGGUAAUACUCCGUAUCCCUGAAAACAAGUUGGACAACCCCUUAUCUCCGUUUCUCGGGGAACCGCGGGACUGUGUCACGGUGCAGUGUACUGUAAAUACACUCAGUUACCCUGGCAACUACUGGGACCACCCCUUGAUAACGUAUCCCUAGCAACCCCAGGGACUGUUUAACAGCGUAUCAUAAAUACACAAUCCACAUCUUUUCCCUGGCUGUACCCUGACACCGUUCCCGUGACAACCCCAUGGUACCGUUUCAUAGUGUAGCGUAAAUACACUAGCUUUACAAAAAAGGUACGACUCCUGAGGUAUCUUUUUCGAAAGAAAAACUGAAUAAAAUAGACGGACCAAUCCUCUUUGUAUAAUGGCUAUGUAACUCUUUCUGUUUUUUUCGAAGAGGGAAUGAUCUUUUAGUGUCGGAGCUGUUGUGGAUGUCGUGAUGUUGUACCCGCCCUGUGACAAAGCGAGUGCCUGCGUGGCUUCAGAGUCUAUGUGUUUCUGCAUUCUCCCCAUCGGCUCAGCUUUGCCUUAACUACAGACUGAAAAACGCAAUAAAUCUCACUGAUAAUCCACCCAGCACACAGCCUGCAUCUUAAACAAAGCCAUUUGGGAUUAUAUACAAAAAAAACUGAUUAGUUUUAUUUAACUUUACGUUUACUCUCAAGAUGUGAGUUGUGUCUGAUAUUGUAUUUUAUCCUAUUAGCACAUGUUUUGUAUUCACACACUAUACUUUGACAUUGUUUUUUUGUUUUUGUAAAUAAAUGUUUAUGGGAAUACUGUC